AUACAUAGGUCAAACAGACAAAAUGGUUGUGGGUGCCUUUCCUCUCGCGAAAUUGGCUUCACUGGCCGUUCGCCAAAUUAGUAAGCCUAUCGCCAAUUAUUUAAAACGUGCAGCGAAAUCAAGCGAAUUAUUCAGACGGAGGAUAUGUAUGCCACCAGCACAGAUUUACCACUGGAGUGAAGUCAAUGUCAAGAUGAGACUGUUGGGAUUUGGAAAGGUAAAGGAAGUGAAGCCACUCUCAGAAGCAGCUGCUGUGGAACUGGGUGCUGAGAUACUAGGAGAAAGUUUUAUAUUCACUGUGGGCGUGGGUGUUCUUGUAGCCGAGUUUUGGAGACAGUCUCGUAAUGAACAACACAAAGAAGACACGCAAAAUGAUUCUAUCAAAGAACUUCAAAUGAAAGUUGAAGAGAUGGGUUUUAUUGUAGAGCAGCAAGAUGCUAAAAUACGGGAACUUAAUCGCAGAAUUGCGUUUGUUGAUCAUUCAAAAUCAUACUGGACAAAGGUUCCUGCUUCAAAACAAGAGGAAAAAACAGCUGCAGAUGUAUCAAAAGAAACUAAAGAGAUUUCUAAUACAACUACUCAAAAUAAAGAUAGAAAGAAAGGGUGGUGGUGAAAUUUAAAAAACAAAACUUUCUGUGUUUAUGAAUUGUUCUCUACAAUUACAGUAAUCUUAUGCUAUAUGCCAC